GACCACCAAACCAAAAAAAGAUUUGACAGAUAACAGAAAAAAUGUUCAACUUAUAGGCAAAAAAAAGCUUCUCCUCCUUACCAAAAUCUCGACGGUCUACCGGAAAAAAUGGCUGCUAAUUUCUGGAAUUCAUCUCACUAUAAACAGCUUUUGGAUCCAGAAGAAGUCGAUGUAGUUCACGAUCUUGAUAAAGAACGUGGUAUCUCAGUUGAUGAUUUCAAGCUCAUCAAGUUCCAUAUGUCUAAUCAUAUAAUGAAAUUGGCUCAACACAUUAAAGUGAGGCAAAGGGUUGUGGCUACUGCAAUUACGUAUAUGAGGCGGGGUUAUAUCAGAAAGAGUAUGGUAGAGUUUGAGCCUCGUCUUGUGGCUCUUACUUGCUUGUACUUGGCUUCUAAAGCUGAAGAAAGCAUUGUCCAGGCCAGGAAUCUUGUUUUUUACAUCAAAAGAUUGUAUCCUGAUGAGUACAAAUAUGAACUAAAAGAUAUAUUAGGAAUGGAGAUGAAGGUCUUAGAAGCACUAGACUAUUAUCUGGUUGUGUUUCACCCUUACCUGUCAUUAUCUAAGUAUUUGCAAGAUGCUGCAAUAAACGAUGUAAAUAUGAACCAGAUUACAUGGGGAAUUGUUAACGAUACAUAUAAGAUGGACCUCAUACUUGUACACCCACCUUAUCGCAUAGCGCUAGCGUGCAUAUACAUAGCAAGUGUCCACAGAGAGAAAGACAUCACUGCAUGGUUUGAAGAUCUUCACGAGGACAUGAACUUGGUAAAGAACAUUGCCAUGGAGAUUCUAGACUUCUAUGAAAACUACAGAACAAUCACCGAGGAAAAAGUGAAUUCUGCGUUCAGCAAAUUGGCUUUGAAACCGUAGCAACCUAGGGGAUUUACCUCCAUCUCCAAGUUUUAUCUCACAGAAAAAAAAGGAUUAUAGACUUUCACAAUUGCCCAUCUUAGCUUUGCGGCCAAACAUGUAACAUUGUUGGUUGUUAACUUGGUUACCAAACCUAUUAAUCUUAAAGUAAACAUUAUUGUUCA